AUUACUUUACACUACUUUUUUUUCUCAACAUAAACAAUGUCUCCAGCACCAGAGAACGCACCUGAGCAUUGUCCUGGGACGGAGAGCGAACAAGCCGGCAAGGCUAGCGCCUGCGAAGGUUGUCCGAACCAAAACGCCUGCGCCACAGCACCCAAAGGCCCAGAUCCAGAUCUACCUCUUAUUAAUGACCGAAUGGGAACAGUCAAGCACAAACUCCUUGUUCUUUCUGGGAAGGGUGGUGUCGGAAAGUCCUCAUUUACCACUCAGCUUUCAUUUGCUCUUUCACACGACGAAGAAACUCAAGUUGGAGUGAUGGAUAUUGAUAUUUGUGGGCCCUCAAUACCAAAGAUGUUUGGAUUGGAUGGUGAACAAAUUCAUUCGUCCAAUUCUGGAUGGUCACCUGUCUAUGUGACCGACAACCUAGGUGUCAUGUCCAUUGGAUUUAUUCUUCAGGAUGCAGAUGAUGCCAUUAUCUGGAGAGGUCCCAAGAAGAAUGGGUUGAUCAAACAGUUUUUAAAGGAUGUGGACUGGGGCGACUUGGAUUUCUUGGUUGUGGAUACGCCUCCAGGUACAUCAGAUGAACAUUUGAGUGUUGUUCAAUAUUUGAAAGAAUCAGGAAUCACAGGCGCCAUUCUAAUCACCACUCCACAAGAAGUGGCCUUGCAGGAUGUGAGGAAGGAGAUUGAUUUCUGUCGUAAAGUCAAGAUCCCUAUCAUUGGCGUCGUUGAGAACAUGGCUGGGUUCGUUUGUCCCAACUGUAAAGGAGAAAGUUCUAUCUUUGCCCCCACUACAGGCGGCGCUAGAAAAAUGGCUGCAGACACUAGCGUUCGCUUUCUGGGAAGCAUUCCGCUAGAUCCUCGCAUCGGUAUGUCGUGUGAUCAGGGUUUGUCAUUCUUGGAAGAGUACCCCGACUCGCCUGCGACCAAGGCGUAUCUGAAUAUCAUCGAGGAAAUCAAGAAAGUUUUAUCCUAAAUCAAGAAUUCAACGUGUUCAAAGUUGUACAUGUACAAUAGUUUUUUUUUAAAAAAAGUCAUCUCACUAGAAUAAAUUCCGAC